AUGUCCCGCUCCAGCGAAGGCUACCUCUGGACCCCUGAGCAAAUCACCUCAGGCCUACCCACAGACGCAGUCCACCCCAGCACGCCCGCCCUCCGCACCCACUACGACGUGAUAGUCAUCGGGGCCGGAUUCGCCGGACUAAUUACAGCCCGCGACCUAAGCAGAAAGCACAAUCUCAACGUCCUGCUCCUAGAAGCGCGGGACCGCAUCGGUGGUCGAACAUGGACAGCCAAGGUUCUCGGCGAGGAGAUCGAAAUGGGCGGGACCUGGGUUCACUGGAACCAGCCGCAUCUGUAUGCCGAGCUGCAUCGGUACGGACUGCACCGGAAUCUGAAGACCUCUGCGGGGUCAUUCACGCCUGUGGAUCAGUGGUUCAGGUCCAGUAGUGGUCCUGUGGAGAAGGUUUCUGUUGAAGAUUACCAGGCUACGCUUGAGCGCGUUGCAGAGAAGUUUUUCGCAAUUGAUGGGCUGGACAGUCGUGCGUUGAUGCCGUAUCCGCAUGAUUCGCUGAGGGAGCCGGCGCCGUGGAAGAGGUAUGAUUAUCUUAGUGUGGAGGAGCGGUUGGAGAUGUCGGAUUUGGAUGGGUUGCCGGGGUGGGAGAAAGAGCUGUUUGCGUCUAAUGUUAGUACGUUUGGGAGUGCGCCGGUGAAGGAUAUUGGGUUUGUGGAGGCGCUGCGGUGGUUUGCGCUGGGAGGGCAUAGUAUGGCUGGGGUGUUUGAGUUGGCGGGGGUGUACAAAUUGGGGAGUGGAGGGAUGACUUCUUUUGCGAGGGCUAUUUUGGGGGACUUCACUGGUCAUGUUAGCUUUGGAACGGUUGUUGAGCAGAUUAAUCAUGGUCGUGAUAUGGUAGAGGUUGUCACUAAGGAUGGGAGGAGGGUUGGGGCUCGUGCGGUGGUGUCGACGGUUCCGCUAAACUGCCUCAACGACAUCCAAUUUCAACCCCCACUCACCCCCCUCCGACAAGCAGCCAUCACAAAAGGCCACAUUAACAAAGGCGCAAAGAUCCACUUCAAGCUUCGCGAAACACUACCGGGUUGGUUCUUUACUGCACAUGACGGCAGUGACUCCAGCUUUGUCUUUGCGUUCUCAGAUCACAAUGGAACCCAGCUAACAGGCCCGUCUGGCACCUGGUGCAUUGGAUUUGGGUACAACGAUCAACUUACUAAUAAGAAGGAUAGCAAAUAUAUCUUGCAGAGAUUCAAGCAUGAUGUUAACCCGGAUGUGGAUAUUGAUGCCUAUGCCACCCAUGAUUGGAUGAAUGAUCCGUAUGCGAAAGGGGCUUGGGCGUGCUGGGGACCAAAUACUGCGUCAGAAUACUUGGAGGAACUUCAGAAACCGCAUGGACGGGUUGUGUUUGCGAGCGCGGAUUGGGCGGACGGGUGGAGGGGGUUUGUGGAUGGUGCGAUUGAGAGGGGACAGGCUGCUGUGGGGGAGGUUUUGGGGAUGCUGGAGGGGAGAGAGGGGGGGAGGGCUAGGUUGUAG